AGAGCAGCUGUGGCGUGAGACGCUUCCUGCAGCUUAGAGGUAUAAAGGGGGACCUACACUUUCUAAUCCUGAGAUUUACUUUAAACAUGCUGGAAACCUUCUAACAAUCUGAGACUCCAGUACAAUGUAGACGAGUGGAGGGUGAGGGGAGGAUGGGAGGCAUCUCCAAGGCUGGAGAAAUCUGAGGAUGUAUUUUCUUUUUUUUUCUUUUCUUAAUUUAUUUAUUAAUACAGUUCUUGAGGCGCAAACAGGAUUUGGAUAUGCGCGCUAAAAGUGUGGAGAAGUGAGUUUUUGGGGGCGCGCAGGAUGGACACUGCGGAGGUAAUUCUCUCCGUGCUGGUAGUUGUGAUCAUCAUAGUGUCGCUGCUGUCCAACGUCCUGGUGCUGAUCUGCUUUCUCUACAACCCGGAGAUCCGUAGACAGGUGCCCGGUCUGUUCAACCUCAACCUCACCUUCUGCAACUUGUUGCUGACCGUGGCCAACAUGCCGCUCACUCUGGUGGGACUCGUCAGCAGGGCUCAGCCGGGGGGAGACGGCUUCUGCCAGAUCGCGGGGUUCCUGGAGACCUUCCUGUCCACCAACUCCAUGCUGAGCAUGGCCGCCCUGAGCAUCGACAGGUGGAUCGCGGUGGUGUUCCCCCUGAGGUACCACUCCAAGAUGCGCCACAAAGACGCAGCUUUAGUGCUCGGCUACACGUGGGCGCACUCCAUGUCCUUCUCCACCGUGGCCGCCUGUCUCUCGUGGGUGGGCUAUCACCGGCUGUACGCGUCCUGCACCCUGUCCAACGCCAGGGCAAGCAGCAGGACCCAGUUUGUUGUCUUCACCGUGUUUUUCCACUCCUUCACCUUCCUCCUGUCUUUUAUAGUGUUAUGUUUUACAUACCUCAAAGUUCUUAAAGUGGCCCGGUUUCACUGCAAGAGGAUCGAUGUUAUAACGAUGCAAACUUUGGUGCUGCUUGUGGACAUACACCCCAGCGUCCGUCAGCGAUGCCUGGAGGAGCAGAAGAGGCGGCGACAGAGAGCAACGAGGAAGAUCAGCACCUUCAUCGGCACCUUCAUGCUCUGCUUUGCUCCUUAUGUGAUCACGAGGAUCGUGGAGUUAUUUCCAGCAGUGCCGAUCGACCCUCACUGGGGAAUUGUCUCCAAGUGCUUGGCUUACAGCAAGGCAGCAUGCGACCCCUUCGUGUACUCCCUGCUGAGGCACCAGUACAAGAAGACGUGCACGGACAUCCUCAACAGACUGCUAAAACGGAGCUCCCUAAACGCGUCCGGGCGGCGGCUGGAGCAGCAGGGGAACAGCAUACCCACAGCUGAGUGAUGGAGGUUACUUGGUAGCACAGAUGGAAACACGAACCUUAUUCAUUGUUGAUGAGGACGAGGAUAGAUAUUGCUGUUUCUUGUCCGCGUCUGCUUAGAUUAGCUCUGACAUUACAAAAAAACCAAGGUAAAAAAACAAUCACUAUUGACCUGUGUGCAGGAGUACCAACAGACUGCCCAGAGAUGCAGAUCAGUGCAAUGAACUUGCAGUGAGGACGAUAAACUGCAGAUUAUUUAUCUACCUGGGAUGAUAGAUGUGGUCACGCAGGAAAUAUGGUCAACUAUUAGCACCACCGUGACAGCUCGUGUAGGAUUCCUCUGACAUUUUGUUACAUAUUUACUUUGUUGCAUAUUUGUUUAAAAUAUAUCUUGUGUAAGGUGCUGCAGUGACUAGUUUAUGCACUGUUUAAGUAUGUAGCACUGAAGAUAACAAAUUUCCAUAAUAAAUCGCAAAGUUUCUCAAAUUUAUUCCUGUUGAAAGCAUACAUCACGGCAAACACUGCUGCAGUACAUCUGACUCAGGAAUCCAAGCUUAAUUAAAUCAGACUCCAAAUUAAGCAGAUAAUCCAGACACUCAUUUAUUUCAUAAUCUUCAGAAGACUGUUGUCCAAAUUUUCUCUUCUUUGUUUUUUAUCUGUAAAAACGUCUUGUAAAUCUCUCAGUGACGUGAACAAACUGAAGUUCUGAAGGAAAUAUACCAGUUGCCGUUACUGUAGUUGUCGUUGUUUAGCCAAGUUGAUAUGCAUGCAUUGGUAUUCACACUUUCUGAGUACUAAUUGAAAACCUGAAAAGAAAAAAAAAAUCUUAUAGGCUACAGUUAAUUGUUUUGAAACACCAAACAGAUGUACUUUAACCAAAAACCAAAAAUAAAUGAAGACCAGAAAGCUUCCAGUCUUAAACAUCACAAAUACAUUCCCCACCACUUACAGACUACACUUUUCCUUUUGUUUUAUAUAUUAAGUUCUGAGUUUUAGGAAGAAUGAUUGAACCAAAACAUAUUAAAGCUACCAUUGCCUGUUUAGUUUUUAGACACACUGAGAUGUUUUGUCCACAUACAUAUACUCACAUUGGAUUAACAUUGACAUGGUAGUAGCAUGUUUUUGUUUUUGGGCUCAAAAGAAGAAAAUAGGUCCAAUAAGUUAGAGUGUCUGAGACCCAAAUCUGCUUGAGUAUAAUCUGAAUCCCAAUUUCAUUGAUCUCACAUCAACCUUGACAUCAAAAUCCCUAAUGGAUGCCUCACGUAUGAAAACCGCAGAAUGCUAAUUUCUUCAUUUGCAUUAAUGUUAAUUUAUAUUUAUGUGGAUUAGUCACACAUAUAAUACACAUCUGUCAUCACUGAACAAGGUAACAACAACUAUUUAUUGUUAACAGUUGUUAGCUGGGUCACAUAGAAGAAGAGUUAGCAAGUUGCACUUUUUUUUACUAAGCUGAAACUGGACACUAUCACCCCUAAAUACAAAUCUUCUGAUUAUGCUUUUUGGUUUUGUUUUUUAUUUGUAAGCACCUACUGUUAAGGUUUUAGUGAUCUGACCAAAUUUGAAGUUUUGAACAGAAACAAAAAUGUUGUGCCUUUAUUUGGACAUGAAUUCUUUCAGGCUCAUGAUCAUCUAAAAGCUGCAAUGAAUACUGCCAAACUGACAAAAGAUUUUGCAAAAUAGUCAAAUUUGAGUAGCUUUUACAGGUUCAGAAUUACAUUAUGUUAAUGUAAAUAAAAGAAUUUCCAUCUGUCCAAGUCAAUUGUUUUACUAAAGCCACAUGGGGCAGAAUAUUUCCAUUUCAGAAAUGUUGCACAAAGUAAUCCAUUUCAUGCACAACUUUUGACCCCCAAGAAAUGCACUGUGGUGUCUUUAUCUGCACAGUCACCCAAUCUCUCUGCAUUUCGCCUCUAUCGGCUUAUUUUGCUGUGUUCAAGUUUUUUGAGCAGAGGUUGUGUAAGCGUGAUAACAACCACAAAGAAUGACUUGAUGAUGAUGUUUUAACUAGCGUCAGCUUCAGCUGCUGAUCUUGUUUGUUCUUUGUUUCUGUUUGACACGUUGACACUUUUUGUGCUUUAGAAGUGUUUACAGCUUCUUUCUCUAAAAUAUAUUUUUGUAAAUUGGGUGCCCUCAGUUUUGCUUUUGAAUCAGUGUGAAAAUGUAGACUGAAGUAAUCUUUGAGGAAAUAUCCUAGUUUGCUUUGUCUUAAAUAACAUAAAGCCAGCCUGAAAAACUUAAUUUCACUGAAAGAGACUGAAAACAUUUAAAGAUUCAAAUUGUUUGAUGGGACCUUACCGAUGCAAAUGUUUUACUCGUCAAAGGGUUGUUACAUUAUUGAAUUGGGGGAAAAAAAUAUUUGCAUAACGUUAUUGACUCUUUUUAAUGUAAAUAGUGACAUGUAUUUGUUUUCAGCUCCCUUGAGCUAAUAUUUUGUUGAAGCUUUUGCUUCAGUUACAGCUGCACAUCUAUUAGGGCAUCGCUUCACCAGCUUUGCACAUCUAGAUGGUGAAAUGUUUGCCCAUUUUUGGGGUUGAUCUCAGCCAACACGUUGGUUUCAAUGCAGGGUUUUUCUUUCUCCCAGGAUUGCCCUGUUUUUAGUUCAGUUCAGGUUCCCUUCAACUCUGACCAGCUUCCCUGUCCUUGCUUUAGAAAAGUAAGACCUACCCCACAACAUGAUGCUGCCACCACCAUAUUUUACUGUGAGAAUGACAUGUUCAACAUGAUGUGCAGAAUUAUGUUUGUGCCACACAUCAUGCAGAUCAGAAAGGUCAAAUUUUGUUUACAUCUAAAUAGAGGAUCAUCUUCUACAUGUUUGUUUAGUUCUCACAUGCGUUGCGGCAAACUGGACUUUUUGUAACUGUCUUGAAACAAUGGGUUUCUUUUUGCUACUCUUUCAAAAAUGUCAGAUGUCUGCAGUGAACAUCUGAUAGCUGUACUGUUGGCAUAUUCUCCUGCUUAGCUGUGGCUCUCUCCAGCUCCUUCGGAGUUUCCUUCCUUCCCCAUUGGCUUGAGUAUGAAUUUAUUUGUUUUAAUAAUGGUUUUUUGUUCAUUUGAUCAGUGUCAGAUGUUAAAGAGCUUCAUAAAUUAGUUUGACUUGGCUCUGAUUACUUUUGUAAGGUACUGUAAGAUUACAUUUUCCUCAAACCCAGACAGCUUAAUGAGUGAAACCUCAACACUUAAUUUUUUUGUAAAUUUCCACUUACAUCACCAUGGAGGUGUGUUCACCUAUGUAGUUUUAAAGCAAGCGUUUAUGCAAAAUGCAUUAGGUUUUACAAUAUUAAAUUAAUUAUGAAGGAACAAUAAAACAUUUUGUAAAGAAAAAUGUCCAUGCUUCCAUCCAUUUAGUUCACUUAAUGUAUAUUGCAUCAAUUCAGAGCAGAUGUAAUCUCAAAGGACUGUAAAGAAAAAACAAAAAAUCUAAUUUUUAUACAGAAUAUUUAAUCAAAUUUGUCUAACUCAGUCUGAUACAAAUACAUUCAGUUACAUUCACAUCAAUUUGAUCCUAUUUAUAAAAUGAUGCAGUCAAAAUCCAUUUACAGCAAAAGAUGGUAAAAACAAUCAUCUAUUCGAUGGAGCCUAGCUGAUUGCGUCAUGUUAUUGACUCUGCAGAAAUCUUUCAGAGGCAGGAGUGACAGUUUAUAGUGAGUUAAUUAAUUCUGGAGUUGGCUAGUUGUUUUUUUUUUCUGUGCAACUUAACUGGGAGAUUGAGCCAUUUAAAAAAGGAAUAAUAAACAUGUUUUUCAAAUAUUAUUUUUAAUUGGUGUAAUUCAGUACACAUAUUAAGCUGUUUAAUCCCCUAUAUAUUACUAUAUAAAUCCCCUAAAGAUAUCAGAGUACUUGAUAUCAGAGCAAAUAUAGCAUCUUGCAGUCUGGUUUCGAGUGGCCCAGUGUUCAGAUGUAAGAUUUGAUCUCUGUUUUUCCCUACAAUAUUUUUCAGAGAAGCAAUUUUUUGUACCUCAAUAUUCCUCUUGGUAGUUUAUAUAUUUUCUCUUACCAAAUGGCAUUUAAUGAACGAUUCCAGGUAACCAUGGGUGUCUUCAGUAUAUUGUGUAGCUAUAAAAGAUGACAGUAUAAGCUUUUUAAUCUCCACAAAUAGAUUCUAUUUUGUGAUUAAGUCCCCUUUUUUCUGCUUCCUGGGUAGGUUAUGGAGUCCUAUAUAAGCUUGUGAGACCUCUUGACUUAUUUGUUCCACCUUAAUGCUAAUUAUGUUUCUUUCUGUAUCAGAAAAUAAACAGCUU